AUGCCUGCAGCUGUUGCUUCUGCCGCCGCUGCUACCGGCGCAACACCCACCUCCUCCAACGGCGCGUCCAAGAUGCCGACCACCGCUUCUGCAUCGUCCUGGAAAGACGUGGCUGCGGCCAAGGUGCAGUCCCGACUGGCAAGCAUUCCUGCGCAAUGGCGCCUGCCCGCAUCCGUCCUCGGGGAGAUCGAUGCCAGCAGCGGCACCGAUGUGCGCACCAUCCCGGCCUCGUGUGGCAUCUUGACCGCGGAAGAGCUCGCCAUCACCGAGACGCCCGUAGGCGAGGUGCUGGCGAAACUGCGCUCGCGCACCUGGACCUCGGAGGCGGUCACGACGGCCUUCUGCAAGCGCGCGGCGAUUGCGCAUCAGCUCACCAACUGUCUCACCGAGAUCUUCUUCGACGAAGCCAUCGCACACGCCAAGCAGCUCGACGAACACUUCACUGCCACCACACAGCACACAGGACCGCUCGCCGGUCUGCCGAUCAGUCUCAAGGACAACUUCAACCUCGCGGGCAAGGACUCGAACCUAGGCUUUGUCGCGUGGAUCGGCGAUGCCAGCGCCGAGGAUUCGACGCUCGUGACGCUGCUGCGCGAGCAGGGCGCGGUGCUGUACUGCAAGACCGCAACGCCGACAGGAAUGAUGAUCGCCGAGACCGUGUCGAAUGCUAAUGGGCGCACGCUGCAUCCUGCCAACACGCGCGUGACACCCGGUGGCAGUUCCGGCGGUGAAGCGGCACUGCUAGCCCUGCGCGGCAGCCCGCUUGGUGUGGGCACCGACAUUGGCGGCAGCAUCCGCAUCCCCUGCUCCUUCACCGGUCUGUGGGGGCUCAAACCCUCCUUCGGCCGCUUCCCCACCGCCAAGUGCAAGAGCGGCCUCGCGGGGCAGGAGGCGGUGCUCUCCAUCAACGGACCCAUGUGCAUCGACUUUGACGGCCUCGAGGUAUACGCCAAAACCGUGGUCGACAGCGAGCCGUGGCAUGCAGACCCUAAGUGCCUGCCUAUCCCCUGGACGCCCGUCGAGCAGGCGGGCAAGGCGCUCAAGCCGGAGCUAACACUGCUGGUGUUGGUGAACAACGGGAUCGUAACACCGACGCCACCGCUGCAGCGCGCGCUCAAGGAGGCGGUCGCAAAGCUGCGCAGCGCCGGGCACAAGGUGAUCGAGUGGGACGCUUCGAGCACAGCAGAGGACACCGAACUCUUCCAGCGCGGAAUGGGGUUCAUCGAGCAGUUUUUCCGCGCAGAGGGCGGCGCGACGAUGCACAGCAUCAUGGAUGCCUCUGGCGAGCACGUCGACUGGGUCAAAGGCCUCGCCGAGACCAACACGGCGUGGGAACAAAGCGUCAAGACCCUCUGGCAGCUGCAAGCCAAGCGCACCGCAUGGCAGGCUGAACUGCAGCAGCGCAUCCAGCACCUCGCUGGGGGCAAGCACUUUGACGCUAUCCUCUCGCCCGUCGCCGCCGAGGUGUCGACCGCGCACGAUGCAUACCACCACAUCUUCUACACGGGCUGCUGGAACCUCAUGGACAUGCCCGCCGUCGUCAUGCCGCUGCACACGCUCAAGGUGGACAAGUCGGUCGAUGUGGUGCCGGCAGGGUGGAAGGCCAAGUCCGAAGUCGAGGCCAAGGUGUGGGAUCAGUACAGUGUGGAUGAGGUGCAUGGCAUGCCCGUGUGUCUGCAGGUGGUCGGGCAGAGGUUGAGGGACGAGGCCACGUUGGCGGUUGCUAAACGCGUGUACGAUGUGUGUAUUUAG